GCUGUGGAAGCACUUUUAACAUCCCGUUUCCGAAUAGUUUUCUCCGUUCAGUUUGCAGCUAAAAAAAAUUCGUUCUGUUAUUGGAGCUGUUGGCGUGGACUGUCCGUCUUUUGCGCCGGUUUCCCCGAGACUGCAGGUCUUUUGCGCCGGUUUCGCGUUAUGUUAUGAAACUUGGUAGUUCAGUGAGUAAAGCUCUCGGGGAUAACUCACUCUAUGCUGUGAAUGCAGUUCAUUUAUUAGGGAAAAGUUGAUACCAAACGACCUUUCUAAAUAAAUAAAUACAUACAUUCCUUAAUUGCAUCGGAUAUAAAGUAGAUAUAAAAAAAUUACGUAGGAAGAAAGUUGAAGCAGUGUUUUACAGGCGUGUAGUAAUAAUAACGCUAUUAUGUAAUGCUAAGAACACAGAAUGAUGUCCAAGGUGCUUUGCAGUAUAAAGCUGUUUAUUUAAGACGUGUGUGUGGUUGUUGUUGUUUUUUUGUUUUUUAAAGAUCUUAUGUUUGCCAGUAUGAAAAAAGAUAAUUGCCAUGUCUGAAAUGUCUAAUAUGGCUGCGUGGUUCAUUAAAUCAGAUUCCCGCAGGUUUUCAUGGUAGAAUUGAGUUGUUUAAGCAGGAGGGGCUGAGGACAAACAUCAGCACCUUCUGUUUUCUAAACAAGACUUACAGGUAAUAAGACUUUCUUCUUUGUGUGUAUGUUUGGAAGUUUCGUACUGAGCCCUGUUGUGGACGUUGCAGAAUGUGUGAAUGUCAGGACUCAGGGUUUCCAAGUCACUCUUAUGGCUGAUGAAUCAAGGUCUUUAUACAGUUCGCCCGGAGCACUGAAGUCUCACCCCAUUCAUACAGAUCUGCAUAUUCCAAGGGGAACUUUCUGAACAAUGUUCAUGUUUUUGUGUUUUGUAUAAUGUCACACAUCGCAUGAAUCUUUAAAAAGCAGCAGAUAAAUGUCUGCAUUCUGCUGCUUGUUUGAAGACCCUCAACUGCUUUUGUAAUUUUUCCUGCUUUUGCUUGAUUUAUCUUGAAUCAGUUUUGUUCCAUUUUGUUGUCAUUCUUCCAUUUUGUGGAUAAAGGCCUUUGAUGCCCUCUGUGAGGAGCCCAGUGGCGGCCUCUUCUCCCGUCUUUAUGCUAACCUGCUCCGUGCUGCUGCUGUCCUGCACACUGAGGGCGCUGAGGGUUUCCUACAUCAGCGGCAGGUGGUGGAGAUGGAAGUUCCGUAAUGUUCUCGCAGUCGUUCUGCUGCUGAUAUGUGUUGGAAAAUCAGCAGUGCUGAGCGCAGUGCUGAGCUGUCACAGGUCCUGCCAUGAGGUGCUCACCACCUCUGAGGGUAUCUUUACAUCCCCCUGCUACCCAUCUGACUACCUGCCCAGCCAGUCCUGCUCCUGGACUCUGCAGGCUCCCACUGGAUUCAUCGUGCAGAUCACAUUCCUGGACUUUGAACUGGAGGAAGCGCAGGGCUGCAUCUACGACCGCGUCGUCGUCAACACCGGCCAGGGCAGCGGUGUUCCGUUUUGUGGCCUGACGGCCAACGGACUCUCACUGAACUCCAGUGGAAACGUGAUGGUGGUGUCCUUUAUUUCAGAUUUUAGUGUCCAGAAGAAAGGCUUCAGUAUCAAUUACAGGCAAGUUGCUGUGGCUCUGAGGAACCAGAAGGUCACAGUGCCCCAGAACUCUAAAGACGUUGUGAAGGUUUCUAGUUCUGUGCCCAUCCCAAUCCUGAGCGAGUUCACCAUGUGUUUCGAGAUCUCCCGUUUGACCCUGAAAGGCACAGAGGUCAUCUUCUCCUACACAGAAACUGGAAAAGGCCCCACGCUGAGCUUGGGGAGCACCGGGAACACCAUGGAACUGACCGUAGGCGGGAGCACAUGUCCUGUCAGUGAGCUGCUUGCUCCUGUGGACAUCACCUCCCAGUUGCAGCUCCUCUGUCUCACCUGGUCCACAGUCAGUGGCCGUGUGGCUGUGAACUUCAGAGGGAACUACCGAGCCAAGGUCUGCCUGGCCCUCCUCAACGUUACCGUGGCCAGUGGAGGCUCGCUCAUGUUGGGUGCGGCGGGAGGAACAGGCAGGAACUUCGAUGGCAUCAUCUACAACUUCCGUCUGUGGGCUGUGGCCAUGUCGUUCUCUAACCUGUCGGCACUCACCUGCGACGCCGUGGGGAACGUCGUGGACUGGGAUAAUGGCUUCUGGGACAUCCCCAGCUCCUCAGCACAGACAGACACCAGCCUCAGCUGCAUCUGUUACCCACAUUGCAUACAUUUAACAACAGCUGCUUCCUCUAGUGGUACUUCUACACCAGCUACCACCUCCCAGAGCACCCGUUGUCCUCCUGGCCUUGGCUGCACAGCAGCAUUAACCACUCUCACCUCAUCCACCGCCACCACUAACAUCCCUCCUACUAAUGCAACCACCAACGAGAAAGAGAGAGCUGUGUUUUUGUGGUCACUCCUGCAUCUGCACCCACGCACAGCAACCCUGCCCUCUGCUCCGUCUCCUGCCCCGCCUCCUUCUCGACUUCCCAUCGCUCCUGUUGGCCGGAGUUCCAAAACCUCUCUUGGCUUCAUCUCCACUCCUCUCAUUUGGCCUGUAAGAAAGAAAACAGAGAGCACAGUCACUCAAGCCCCGAAACGUCCCACUCUACAUCUCACUAAACCGCCUCUCAUGCCGACAAAGGGUGUGACGAACAUGUCUUCUGAGUCUCAACUGCCCGAAGCACUGACCAUUACCAAGAAGGCAAACUUAACCGGCAGGAGGCCUGCCUACCCCCAGCUACAACGGCAGCAUAACCUGACUGCUGUGCUUGAGGUUUUCCAGGUCACAUCACUCGGUAACCGAAAGAAUAAACCACUGAUGCCACACUGGAUCCUGAGUGACAUCAGCAGGAACAGCUCUGAGAUGGUGGAUUACCCAUCCGGAUUGAACCCAGAGGUGUUUCUCUAUGAUCUCGACUUGGAUGAGGAUGUGUUCAGCCAAUUUGACUUGGACUCUGCGUACUCUCUGGAUGAAGGCCUGACCACGAGCGUCCCUCUAAACGUGUCUCUGUUUGAAAGCAUGCCCACUGCCCGCUCCAGCACCGCAGCUCCUGAGGACAACAGCGCGGCUGUUAGCAGGCUGAAAAAUCUGCACAAUCAGUUACAUCCCCUUUCUCCAUGGAGUGCUUUCACUCAGGUCCAGGGACAGGAGCAGGGUGAGACUCUGGGUAGUGGGGUGCUUAUCCCUGCACUGUUAUUUUCAAGAGGAACCAGUGUGCAGAUGAGUCCGCCUGGAAUGUCCGCCCCACCCCACCUCUCAGUGCCUUCACUGUCGCUGGAAUACCUUUUGCCUUCAGGAUUAAUGAACCAAGGUCUCCAACAGGGAGCAGGUGUCCAUCACACCUCUACAGUAAUGGAGCGUGACCAGGAAGAUUCCACUGGAGUGACAUCUCAUUUGAUAAAGCCCACAGUUCAUGUCCACAAGCAGACGGGAACUGCACAGGAGCCCUAUGGCAGGACAGCUGCAGUAGAAAAGGGCUAUAAUCCAACAGAACCAGCUCCUCCUUCUACCAUAGCUGUCUCUCUGCAGAAUGUCCCUUAUCAAACCCCUUCAUUCACAGAAUUACAGACAGUGAGUUACUCCCCUUCACAAAACAACUCUCCCUUGGCAGCAGCCCCUGGCCUGUCUGUCACCGCUAAAGCAGAAGUGCUUGUGGACUCAUCGUACAGCGGUCCCACUCUUACUGAGGUGUGGAGUUCCUACACUAGAACGAAGUCUGAAGCAGAGGUACAAAGAGACUUAAUGACGGAGAGCAACAGAUCCAGUCCAUUGUCGCCGUCAUCAGCUGCUGAUGCGUCCGUGGUUUGGAGCCCUGGUUCUGGUGAAAGCUUCCUCAAACCAGGUGCUGAACACAACAGUCACCUGGUUUUAUACCCAUCAAACAAUCUGUUUAUCUCCAUGCAACAGCCGCACAAUAACGACUGGAGUGAUUUGAUUACUGCUGGCCUCGUCACUCCAUACCUGGGCACUGAGGCUGUGACUAUUAGGUCUUCAGUAGUCAGUCUGUCCAAAGUAGAUUCUCCUUGGCCACUAGAGCCAUCGCAUGUAAACAGAUUGUCAGAGACUCUAUUCAGGGCUUUAUACAAGCAAAAUGAUUUUUAUUGUUCUGAGGCAGAUCUCAAGGUUCUCUCUUGUACGUCUCCUAUGACCUUCAGCAGCUAUUCUGGGUCACCACACACCUCAGCGACAUCCCUGACCUUCCUGACAGACCGCAUGGCCAGUUCUCUGUUCUCACCUCUUAAUUCAAACUCUCAAUUGAGAGCAGAGAGGAUCAAUGGAUUUCCCAUGUUUAGCACAGACUCUGGUGGCAUUUUUGACUCCAGCUUCACACCAUAUGUGGACAUCUUAGAUUCCACUUAUUGGGAGGGUGAUGCCAAUACAUGGAACGUUGUGAGAGAGGAUGUGGUAGCCUUGUCUGCCUUCAGGGAUUCCACAGUCACGCUUCCCCUGAUGCCCUCUGCCAGUCUGGACUCCCUGAGAAGUUCGUCUAUGUCUUAUAAUAUCAGAAACACACCUUCAGGUCUCAGGUACCCCACAGCUGGGCUCAAGCAUGCAUACUCCCACAGCACAACAGACAUCCCCGUGAACACAGCCAUGAUGGCAACAGCGCAAAUGCCCAGUGACCUGCUCACUACCUCACAGUCCAACCUGCUAAGCUCAUCCAGUGUGACCACUGAACUGUCUGUGUCUGAUAGAGCAGAGAGCCUCCAGUUUCAUGUGGGAAAGAGUUCACCAAUCACAGGCCCCACCCGCCCUAUCAUAUCAACCAUGACUGUCGAUGUACGCCAUUCCCCAGACACAGAAUAUGAGCGACCAGAUGGUGGAUGUCGUAACUUCUCCACUUUCCCUAGCAAACAGUCAUGGCCUUCAGGGUUAGAAGCAGGUGGCCACACCCUUGUGCCACCCAACCAUCCAGUGGACACUUCAAUUCCAAACAACCACAGUGAGGAUCUUCUGCAAACUAAACAUGCCCAGUCCCUCACAUCAGAGCUGCCAUUCUGGUCCAAGAAUGAAUCAGCAAAGCCCUCCAGCCAAAGUCACAAUGGGCUUUUUGUUUGGUCCACCACCACAGAUAGAGAAACGUAUCCAUCUCCCCCAGCCAAUCACCAUUGGCCCUUUGUCCCCACGAAUGCUACGUUCCCUCUGGCCACCCUGCCAAAGGGAGUCAUGGCAGCUGCUGACUCUGGACUCACUGGUGCUGCCCUUGUGGCUGCUACAGACUCCCCAGAGCUCACCCCAUACCGGUGUAAAGAUCCCUUUCCAAUUCCAUGUCUGCCUGGACGUUCAGCUGGGAACAAAGCUGCUUUCUAUAGGAUUUCUCUCUCAGUAAUGGAGCACAUCACAGAUGACACCAUGACACAAUGGUUCAACCAAACAUUUCAGAACUGGAACUACACUGUUUAUGUUCGUAAUGUCAGUGUUCAUACAGACCACUCUAGUACAACAAGCACAAGAUACACCUGUAAGGCACUGUUGAUGUAUAUAAACACUACGGGGAAAAUCCUGACAGACAGUGACAUCGAGAAGAGACUGAGGAGUGCUUCUGCUGGAGAGCUGCUGCUGGGGGAGGUCACUGUAGAUGGCAUUGAAAACUGUCAGGCGGAGGAGAAUCCAUUCCACUAUAAAUGGCCUGAGAGCAGAGCUUCGGUUACUCAGUACAUCCCCUGCUUUCCUUACAAAGAACAGAAUGCAUCUAGGACAUGUUUGAUCAGCUCAGAAAAUUAUACAUCAUUUUGGGAUGUACCGGAUCUUAACAACUGCAAAGACAUUGAAGACAUUGAUGUUUCAGAUGAGAAUGCUGCAGAAGUGGCAGUCCAACUUGUUGACAUUACAAACAAUGAGCUCUCAACUGUGGAGGUGUCAAAGGUCGUUACCAUGGUGAAAAAGUUAGUAAAUGUGGCUCGGAUUAAUGCCACUUUGGCCUCCAGUGUGGUCGCCAUCAUCUCCAAUGUGAUGAUCAGCUCAGACUCAGCGCAGCUGGCUGCCUCAGAAACUGCUUUAAAAACCAUGGAUGAACUAGUUCAAAAGAUCGAGUUUGAUGGUCCCUCUUUGACCAUUACCUCCAAGAACCUGGCUGUGGGAAUCUCUACUCUCAACAUCAGUGACUUUAACGGAACCACCUUCAGCGCCUACAUUCCUGCCAACAGCACCGACCCACAGAUUAAUUUUGAGUCUGAGAUCCAGAAUCCUCUGGCUUCCGUCAAGCUGCCUGCCACAUUGCUGAUUAACCUGAGCAACAGUGACAUGGAGACAGUGUCCAGGAUUAACUUCAUGUUCUUCAGCAGGACAGGACUCUUUCGGUGUUUCGGAUCAUUAAUGGAGCAGCAGAGUGACGGUCUGUCCUUGAGCAGCUAUGUGGUGGCCAGCAGUGUGGGAAACCUCACCAUCAGCAACCUGAGAGACCCUGUGAGAAUAGAGAUUUCACAUCUGCAGUAUCAGUGGAAUCCAAAACCAUUGUGUGUAUUUUGGGAUUUCACCCUCAAGAGUAAGUAUGGCACUGGAGGCUGGAACAGAGAGGGUUGUAUGGUUGAUCCGGAGUCCAACAGCAACAGAACUGUCUGUCUCUGUAACCAUCUAACACACUUUGGUGUCCUCAUGGACAUUUCUGGAGCUGCAGCGCAGAUUGAUGAGAAGAACACCAAGAUUCUGACCUUCAUCACAUACAUUGGCUGUGGUAUCUCUGCCAUCUUUACAGCAGUUACUAUUCUGACCUACAUUGCAUUUGAGAAACUGCGGCGAGAUUACCCCUCCAAGAUCCUAAUGAACCUGAGCAGCUCGCUGCUUUUCCUGAACAUGGUGUUCCUUCUGGACGGCUGGCUGGCAUCCUCCGACACCACAGGCCUGUGUGUGGCAGUAGCCGUGUUCCUGCACUUCUUCCUCCUGACGUCCUUCACGUGGAUGGGCCUGGAGUCCCUCCACAUGUACAUCGCCUUGGUCAAAGUCUUCAACACCUACAUCCGGAGGUACAUCCUCAAGUUCUGCAUCGUCGGAUGGGGCCUUCCGGCUGUGGUGGUGGGCAUCGUGGUGGCUAUAGAUAAGGACUUCUAUGGGAAGGAGUACUACGCUAAAGGAGAAAGUGGACACAGCUCAUCUGAGUUCUGCUGGAUAAAGAAUAAGGUGGUCUUCUACGUGACAUGCGUGGUCUACUUCUCAGUCAUCUUCCUCAUGAACGUGGCCAUGUUCAUCGUGGUGAUGAUGCAGAUUUGUGGCAGGAGUGGGAAGCGCAGUAACCGCACGCUGCGGGAUGAGGUCCUGCGCAACCUGCGCAGCGUGGUCAGCCUCACCUUCUUGCUGGGCUUGACCUGGGGCUUCGCCUUCUUUGCCUGGGGCCCUGUCAACCUGGCAUUCAUCUACCUCUUCUCCAUUUUUAACUCUCUGCAAGGAUUAUUCAUUUUCAUAUUCCAUUGUGCUCUGAAAGAAAACGUACAGAAGCAGUGGAGACGAUACUUAUGCUGUGGAAAACUCCACUGGACAGACAAUUCAGACUGGAGUAAGACUGCCACCAACAACACCAAGAAGGUGAGCUCGGACAACCUGGGGAAGUCCCUGUCGUCCAGCUCCUUCUGCUCCACCACGGCCAACUGGACAUCCAAGGCCAAAGCAACACUGAACCCCUUUGCCAAGCACCACAGCAGUGCAGAUAAUAUCCACCACUAGAGCGAUGGAGACUCUCCAUGAGGUGAAAUUCAAGCUCUUGGAAAAUGCUCUUUCCACAUUCCAUCCUUUCUCCAUUCACCUCACGUGACUUGGCUUCCAGGUAAAGGGUCCUCAGGCCAGAGCAGCCCGACGAGCACAGCUUCUGCCUGUCCAGCAGGUCCUGGACAAGGUGAGGGGCUACUGCUUUG